AUGACUAUUGAUGAUAGUACUAUUGAUAUUCAUCUUUCUAAACUUGUUGAUUGGUUAGUCGAUCGUCGUCAUUGUUCAAAAGAUUGGAAUGAACGAUCAAUAGCUAUUCGAUCGAAAAUUCAACAAGCUAUUUUAGACAUGCCAGAACAUGAUGAAAUAAAAAGAUUACUUGGCUCAUCAUAUUUGGAUUAUUUUUGUUGUCUUAAAAUUGUUGAAAUAUUAAAAGAAACAGAAAAAGAAAGUAAAAAUAUGUUUGGCAUGUAUUCAUCACAACGAAUGAAGGAUUGGAGAACAAUUGUUUCAAAUUAUGAAAAAAAUUCUGUUUAUCUUGUUGAAUGUGGUCAAAUUCUUCAACGAAAUGUUGUUUUUGAAAUUCCUGCAUUAAAAAAACAUAUUGGAAAAUGUCAACAAAUUCGAGAAGAAUGUAAUACACGUCAUACAGAAUUAGAUAAAAAUAUUCAUGAAAUUGAAAAACAAUAUGUACAAUUAUGUUCUGAUAUGUCAAUUAAAGGUGAUAAUGUUCAACAAGAACUAAUUCAACGCAUUGAAUAUUUACCAAACAUAUGUACAGAAUUAGCUAGUGGAGAUCAAAGUUCAAUUCCAUUAUUAAAACCUGCUGUUGAAUUUUAUAUAGAAUUUAUGAAACAUUUUCAUCCAUCAUCAAAAUCUGAUAAUGAAGAAUUUUUACCUAUAAUUAAAUAUUUAAUUGAAAAUGGAAAUACAACUGUUUAUCAAUGGCGAACUGGUGGCCAUAUACCUGUUAGUAUUGAACGACCACCAUUAAAUUAUAAAUUUGCUGAAACAACAGAAACAAAUGAAGAAGAACCAAAUAUUAUUUUAGGAUUAGAUGAUGAUUUAAUAACAUCUACUCAAGGUAUUGAAGUUAAACAAACAGCAGAUCAAUCUGAUGUUAUUGAUUUUGAUACUGAAGCGGAAAUUGAUUGGUCUGCUAUUGAUACAGUACCAGAAUUACUUGAUCCAGCUCUUACAUCAAAUGGUACAAAUCCUAAUUCAAUUGCUGAUGCUCUUAGAGAUGCUGCUCUUAAUGGAUUAAAUCAUCCAAUUGAUGAUGGUAUCGCUCAUGGUAAUGAUGCAUUAACAUUAUUAGAAAAUCGUUCAACAUAUACAUUAUUUAUUCAUGAACUUUAUCGACUUCAAUCAUUUUUAAAACAACGUCUUAAUGAAUAUCAUGUUAAUGAAACUAUUCUUAUGACAUUUAUCAUGCAAAAUACACCAGUAUCAAUACAAAAAAUAAAUGAAAACGAUUUAAAAUCCUUUUUAAAAAAUGUUGAUUCAAUAUUUACAUCGAUUGCUCAUCGACAAUUAGAUCGUUUAUUUUCAAUGCGUGAUUCAUACAAAUUUGUUGAUCGUCUUAUAAAUUGUUUUCAACAAAAGAAAGUUUCUAUUGAACGUAAUCGUUUACAACAAAAAGAAUUAGAAGAAAAAGCAUCAAGUUCUUUAAAAGAAGAACAACAAUUAAAAGAAAAACUUAAUUUAUUAAUUUCAUAUACUAAACAACUUAAAGAACAGGUAGCUAAAGAAAUUUCUGUGAAAAAAUGUCAAAAUCGACGUAUUAAUAUAAUGGGUGAAAUCAACACAUUAUAA